AUGUCGCGCUCGCCCCGCGCACGCACCGACGACGACGCCCCGCCCACGGACUGGCUGGGCGAGCUGCCGCCGGAGCUGCACCUUCGCAUCCUCGAGGGCGUCGACGACUUCUCCGACUGCGCCGCCUUCAGCCUCGCGUCGCCGCGCCUCGGCCUCCUCGCCCUGCGCAGCGGCCUGGCGCGCUUCAAGGACCCUCUCUUCGCCGUGGCGAUGCGGCUGCUGCUCAUCGAGCGCUUGCAUGCCGGAUCGUUCGUCGGGGCGCCCAUCAUGGACACGCUCAACGAGGCCACCCUUCGCGCCUACGCCGCCGACCGCCGCGCCAGCGCCGACAAUUUCCCGUGGCUUGCGAGGGUGAGCCCGGCACUCCGCCUCUCGUCGGAAGUGACGGGUGCUGGCGCGAGUCGCGCCGAGUACUGGAGACUGCGGCGCGGCGAAGAGAAUGGCGCGAUGCUGCGGCGGCGCCUCUUGCAGUCCGGCAUGGUGCAGCACUACGAGGGCGAGCGAGGCCGGGAGCGGAAGGUGCGCUUGGUGAUUCCCAGCGGCAAGGUGCAGCACUACGAGGGCGAGCGAGGCCGGGAGCGGAAGGUGCGCUUGGAGACUGCCGACGGCACCGUGCAGUACUGCGAGGGCGAGCAAGGUGCGGAGCGGAAGGUGCGCCUGGAGUCCAACGGCUACGUGCAGCACUACGAGGGCGAGAAAGGUGCGGAGCGGAUGGUGCGGUCGGAGCUCCCCGACGGCAGCGUGGCGUACUACGAGGGCGAGCGAGGCGAGGGCGAGCGAGGCGCGGAGCGGAUGGUGCGCGCGGAGUUUCCCAGCGGCAUCGUGAAGUACUACGAGGGCGAGAAAGGCGCGGAGCGGAUGGUGCGCGUCGACGCCGCCUCGCUCUAG